UUGAUGUUUCAAAAAUACGGGGCGAUUUCCUUCCUUCUUGCAUCAGACAUAAAUACGUAAGAGUGUCUUGUGUGGUGUGGUGCGGGUGUGGCCCUGAGGGAGGAGCCAGCCAGUGAGUGAGCCAGCCAGCCAGCCAGUGAGCCACCCAGCCAGCGAGCACACGGAGGGAGGAAGGCCAGGGAAGGAAGGACGACUCGAGGGAAGUGGUCAGUUGCGUCGCAGCGUCGUGGGAAGGAGUGUGUCGCCGCUCCUGCUCCGCUGCGCUGACUGGAGCGUCCCUUGCCGCGAGCUGCUGCUCUUCCCCCGCGUCGCGUCUCGUCUCUCGCUCACCCAAGGGAGGGAACAUUACAAACUUUCCCUGAGACACGAACACCAGUCUCUCACAAAUCCCCAGCAGAUACAAUAGAAAUGACAGUAGAGAGCAUAAUGUCUCCUCUCACCUGACUUUUUAUAUGUUUACUCACCUCGCGGCUUUUCCCUCCCGUUGCCGAGGCUGCUGACCGACAGAGACCACUGGAGAUAAGCGUGGAGGAAAAUUCGUACUGCUGGCUGAAAAGACAUCCUUACGUUGACACUUGUGCGUAAGCUUUUAAGGACUCUGAAAAAAAUAAUCUGUUAGCUAAACGUGUCUAUCUCAGUCUGUCGCCUCAGCCGCCGUGCCAGACAGCAACGAAGACAUGACAGGACUGCUUCCCAGGUUCACCAAGGACGUGCCCAACAUCACGGUGACGGUGGGACGCGACGCUCUGCUGCCCUGUACCGUGGAGCAGCUCAGGGGAUUUAAGGUAGCGUGGGUGCAGGUGGACACGCAGACGAUCCUUACCAUCCACAAGUUGGUCAUCACGAGAAACCCGAGGAUCGCACUGCUACACAAUGACCACCGCUCGUGGCACCUCGAGAUCAAGAACGUGCGGGAGAGUGACCGAGGCUGGUACAUGUGUCAAGUGAACACUGACCCGAUGAGAUCCAGGCAGGGCUACGUGGACGUUGUGGUGCCUCCGGACAUCAUCGACAAGGAGUCCUCGGGCGACAUUACGGUGCGGGAGGGGCAGGACGUCACCCUCACGUGCCACGCCAAGGGACACCCAGCACCCAACAUUACCUGGCGACGGGAGGAUAACAGGGACAUUCUCCUCAACACUGCCCAGCGAGGUCGCUCGUCCGGGAUGCAAGGGAACUCCGUGGCUUCAAAAAGCAAGGAUGAGGAACUGAGGGCCCGGGACAGCGAUGAGGACGAGGACGAGGACUACCCUGGAAAGGGCUUUGGUUCUGACGGGUCGGCGAAAGUAGUGAAAGGCGAGACGCUGGUACUGAAGAAAGUGUCACGGCUGCAAAUGGGUUCCUACUUGUGUAUUGCUUCUAAUGGUAUCCCGCCAUCCAUCAGCAAGCGAGCCCACCUGCGUGUUCAGUUCCCACCGAUGGCCUGGGUGCCGCAGCAGCUGGAAGGCGCCUACAUCGGGCAGGAGCUGAGCAUUGAGUGUCGCACGGAGGCCUUCCCGAAAAGCAUCAACUAUUGGACUGGCCCGGGCGGGGAUAUGAUUGUGGCUGGCCCCAGGUAUGAGCCGCUGCUGGCCGACACUUCCUACAAGGUGUUCAUGAUGCUGAGGAUUCGCAGCGUGACGGUCGAGGACUUUGGGACGUACCGUUGUGUGGCCAAGAACUCCCUGGGCAUGACGGACGGGAUCAUCAGAGUCUACGAAAUCGACUCGCCUAAGCUCUACCACCCGGGCGAGGUGACAGCAGCUGGCGGGGAGACAAACGCUGAGGACUUUGAGGAGAGGGGCGGCCACUCCCCAACGCCAUCCUACAAGCAAGAAAGCGGAAAGUACAAGUCUGGGCAGUCUGGCAAGGGCUUGAAUGAGGUGGCGGGCGAGCAGGACCCGGGCAAAUCUUACGGACGAGAGCCUGAGCACCGGGGACGCUCCACCCUCUACGAAUACACGCUGAAGGACCCCUUUGACCACCGCGGACCUUCCGGCCACGGGAGCGGGGCGCACACCCGCGCCUCCGUGUUGCCCCUGCUGCUGCUGCUGCUGCUGCUACUGUUAAUGACGACGACGGCUGAGGCUGUCUGCGGCCACUCUCACCUAUAGGAAGAACAAAUCCUGAGGCGUAUUAAUGUGACGUAAUGGAAAAUAUACUGCGGUGGUGGUGGUGUGGUGGUGUGGUGUUGUGUUGAUGGUGAGGUGUCGUUUUGGUUCGAACAAACCUGCAUGAUAAUUUAAACAGGUAAUGAUAAUUAAUCCUUUUAGAUGCUCAGUGUGGACCGUUGAGCCAACGUCGACUUUUAAUCCAACCCUGUAUAUCUUUAAUUAGUAAAAUGAUGAAGAACAGAUGCUAAAGCACUGGGCAGGGCAGGAAAGCCACCUGGCCUGCCGCGACGAGGCUCACCACACAGAGCCAUGCACUCGCUUAUCCUGUGGGCGAGAGUGUGGAAUGUUGCGACUUGUCCUCUUCGGUCGUUGAGACGAGGGAGGCCACGCGUCUGCCUUUCCAAACCUUCUCUAUCCUAUUACCUCAC